AUGGCAACAACGCAGGAAACACAACCAACAACGCAACCAAGCGGACCUACCUUCCAGCGCGAGAAGCACAUCCAGUACUUCAAACGCAACCUCCAGAUGCUCCCAGAGCCAAUGACCUUGGGUCUGUUUGCAAUUGGAGGUCUGGAGCUGUUGGGUGUCCUUGAGGAAGCUAUCUCGGAGGCAAACCGCAAGGCAUGGAUCGAGUGGAUUUACUCUCAACAGCGCAUCCCCUCCAAGGACUCACCCUCCGAGGAUGAUGACGCAUUGUACGGAUUUGGUGGACCCUUCUCAGGGCUCGCCUUCCAGGAACCCACAGACGGACAGCAGAACCUCGGAUGUGAAUGCAACAGCCACACAACCCCCUACGACACCGCCCACCUCACCAUGACCUAUACCGCCCUUCUCUCGCUCAUUAUGCUCGGCGACGAUCUCUCCAGGGUCGCCAAGGAGCCAAUCCUAAAGUCGCUCAGGAAACUGCAGCAGCCUAACGGUUGCUUCAUCCCCUGUAUCACCGACUAUGAGCCUGACAUGCGCUUCGUCUACUGUGCCGCUGCGGUGUCGUACAUCUUGAACGAUUGGUCAGGAAUUGACAGGCCUGCACUUCUGAAUUUCAUCCGCGAGUCGCAGACGUAUGAACAUGGAUUCGCACAGAGCCCUCGACAUGAGGCCCAUGGAGGAACGACAUACUGCGCCAUCGCCUCGCUAGGAUUGAUGGGCGGGGAUGCAUUCUUGGAUCAACGGACAAUGGUUCGUCAGGAAGGCGAGACAGAUUCGGAAUUUGAGGAACGUCGUGCUCGGGCUGGAUUUGUGGACUUGGAAGGAACUCGUCGUUGGUGUCUCCAGAGACAGACGACGGGAUUCCAAGGCAGGACCAACAAGCCUACUGAUACUUGUUACUCUUUCUGGAUCGGAGGAGCCAUCGCUGCGAUUGGGAGCUUUGAUCUGGUCAACUUUGAGUGCAAUCGUGGCUUCCUUAUGGAGACUCAGCACAAGGCCUUUGGAGGUUUUGGAAAAUGGGUCGACACCUACCCUGAUGUACUGCACUCGUACAUGGGAAUUGCGUCGCUGGCAUUGAUGGGCGAGCCAGGAAUCAGACCCUUGGAACCACUGCUGAAUAUCUCCAAGCGUAUGCAGGAACGCCUCUACAACGAAACUGUGUUCUGGAAGAAGUAG